AUGUCGCCUCUGCAGACCCUCUUUGUCUGCCUCUUCGCCUUCCUGCUCGGGGGCGCUGAGGCCUCUCCCAUUGCCCUCGCUGUCCGCAGCACCAUCAGCGCCGGUGCCGUCAGCGUCACCCUGACUAUCGGCACUAUCAUCUUUGGCAUCCUGGCCAUCAUCGUUGGCCUGCUCUUCUGCUUCUUUGGCUACCGCCUCUUCCGCAUCAUCUUCUUCUUUGCCGGUUUCUAUGUGUUUGCCACCAUCGCCUACAUCGCGCUCAUCCUGAUUGAGCCCGCCAAUGGCUGGGCUAACCACGACACCAUCUACUGGGUCACCUGCCUGAUUUUCGGCAUCAUCGGUGCCAUUCUUUCGGGCUUCCUCUUCCACCUCGGCCUGGCUUGCGUCGGCGCCCUCGGCGGUCUGUUCCUGGCUGGCAUCAUCCUCUCCUGGCAGAGCGGCGGCUUGAUCCAGUCGACCUGGGGCCGCAUCCUCUUCAUUGUUAUCAUGGUCAUUCUCGGCAUCGUGCUUAUCUUCGUCCUGGAGAAGCACAUCCUCAUCAUCUCUACCUCGAUUACCGGAGCCUACUCUGUCUUCUACGGCAUCGACAUCUUUGCCCAGACCGGCUUCACAUCGGCUGCCCAGGCUUUCCUCGGCGACUAUCAUAGCCUGAGUGUCUUCAUUACCAACUCCAGAAUCUUUGCCAUGCUGGCCUUCAUGAUCGUCCUGGCUAUCAUCGGUAUUGCUACACAAUACUGGAUCAACCGCACCCGCGAUCACGCCAAGCACAUGAAGUCCAGCAUCCGCGAUCAUGUCCGUCGCGCCGAGCGUGUUUGAAGGGAUUUGCCACUGUUUCGGCUGCGGAGCCUGACAGCCGUUAGCCCCGCUCAGCAUUCCCGGCAAGGACAGGACUACAUCUGCUUCCUAUGCCGAGCUUUGCUUGUCCUCCAACAGAACCUCAUUCCUCCCUGCCUGUUUUUCAGACCUCACUCCUGGUCUCGCAAUCAUUGUUAUCAUGCCACAUGUCAUCACCAAGUUUCCCAUCACCGCCACCGCAUUCACCACGGCACUCUUUGCAGCAUCCGCCUCACUUGCCCAUCAUCUCAACCUGUUUGUCAGUUG